AUGGCCAAGAAAGAACUCCUCUUGAAUCAGUUGAUCCAGUCGUUAGAAGAGCAAAAGUUUUAUUUUCAGACCGAUAUCUGCUUAGCACUCAAGGAAACCCAUCUCGAGGAGAAACAACUAAUUGCACUGAUUGAUGAACGGGGCUUGAAUUUGUUCCAAGAUUCAGAGAUCUCAGUUGCUCUGAAAGAGUACCUUAGAGAGGGGCUCGCUGUGUACAUUAAUGCUGUUGCCCGAUGCGAGCAUAUCCUCAGCGACAUUAUCGCCAACAUCAGCGGUCUCGUAGCAACAUCUCAGGUAAUCACUGCCCGCUCUUGGUAUUUGCCAUGA